GUGUGGCCCUGGCCGGCGCCCGGCCGGACGAGCGGUGGCUGCGGCCGGCGAGCGCGCGCCCGGCGGUGCGUGUGUGUGUGUGUGUGUGUGUAUGUGUGUGUGUGUGACAAGCGUCAGGUGACUCGGGUCACGCCGUCGCUCCCUCGCGCUCCCGGGGAGAACUGCCGCGCUCCGGCUGGCUCCUCCGGCAGCGGCGGCGGGGAGGGGGCAGGGCGCCGCGGCCGCCCCCCAGCGCAGCAGGCCCGGGCCCGGGGAGGUGCGGGCGGUUCGGCCCACGCGGGGACCCUGGAGCCGAGCGUGAGCGUGAGCGUGAUGAGCCAGGUGCUGGGCAAGCCGCAGCCGCAGGGUGAGGACGGCGGCGACGACGAGGAGGAGGAUGAGCUGGUGGGGCUGGCGGGCUACGAGGACGGGCCCGGGUCCUCGGACGCCGAGCUGGACAGCGGGCCGGAGGAGGGAGUUCUGGACUUCAGUGACCCCUUCAGCACUGAGGUGAAGCCCAGAAUCCUGCUCAUGGGUCUCAGAAGGAGCGGCAAGUCGUCCAUACAGAAAGUUGUCUUUCACAAGAUGUCCCCGAGCGAGACCCUGUUCCUGGAGAGCACCAACAAGAUCUGCAGGGAAGAUGUGUCCAACAGUUCCUUCGUCAACUUCCAGAUCUGGGACUUCCCAGGGCAGAUUGACUUUUUUGACCCUACCUUCGACUAUGAGAUGAUCUUCCGGGGAACAGGAGCACUGAUCUUCGUCAUCGACUCCCAGGAUGACUAUAUGGAAGCGCUGGCCAGGCUCCACCUCACAGUGACCAGGGCCUACAAAGUGAAUACUGACAUCAACUUCGAGGUGUUUAUUCAUAAAGUGGAUGGUCUGUCAGAUGAUCAUAAAAUUGAAACCCAAAGAGACAUUCACCAGAGGGCAAACGAUGACCUAGCAGAUGCUGGAUUAGAAAAAAUUCACCUGAGCUUUUAUCUGACGAGCAUAUAUGACCAUUCGAUAUUUGAAGCCUUCAGUAAAGUGGUUCAGAAACUGAUCCCCCAGCUCCCGACGCUGGAGAAUCUGCUGAAUAUCUUUAUCUCAAACUCUGGAAUUGAAAAGGCAUUCCUGUUUGAUGUGGUCAGUAAGAUUUAUAUUGCAACUGACAGUACUCCAGUGGACAUGCAGACCUAUGAGCUCUGCUGUGACAUGAUAGAUGUGGUGAUCGACAUCUCUUGUAUUUAUGGUCUCAAAGAAGAUGGAGCAGGAGCCCCGUAUGACAAGGAAUCCACAGCCAUUAUAAAGCUGAAUAACACAACAGUCCUUUAUUUAAAAGAGGUGACAAAGUUCUUGGCGCUUGUUUGCUUCGUCAGAGAGGAAAGCUUUGAAAGAAAAGGCCUUAUUGACUAUAAUUUUCACUGCUUCCGGAAGGCCAUCCAUGAAGUUUUUGAGGUGAGAAUGAAAAUGGUGAAAUCUCGGAAAGCCCAGAGUCGGUUGCAGAAGAGGAAAGGGACUACUCUCAAUGGGACCCCUAGAGGGCUGCUGUAGCGGAGCGGCCGGGAGCCUGAACCCACGCGUGCCAUGAGGGUGCCGAGCCACACUGCGUGACAGCAAGGAAAGACGAGCCUGGACACUGACGAGAGUUGUUAAGGGGAAAAGAAUACUCUCUUUUUAAAAUAAGCACUUCGAAGCAGAAACCUGUACAAUAACAAUAAAGCGAACCCUGCUGUGCUUUCACUACGUAAAUAUAAACAUUUAAACGUUUAUGUUGAUAGAAAAACCCUGUGUGAGAACUGCCGGGAACUGUACAUAUUUUGCACUUUUUUCAUGUUUUUUUCUCACCGAGGUUAACUUUGAUAAGAUGACUUUUCUAAACUCUUUUCUGUACCUGGUGUCAAGGACGUGCAUACUGUAGUCCAUAUGGCAGUCUGAAAUUUAUCCAAAGUAACACGCUGGUAAUGACUUUUUGUAAACUGGGGGAUCUUUGCUACUAAUUAUCCAGGGGGGAAUCAUUGUUCAGCGUGGCAGGAGUGGGUCAGGGCUGGGAGCAAUAAGAACUUCUCCUGUUUGUAAUGAGUGUAAAUGGGAAUUUUGUAGAAAAUGUUAGUACCAGGCUUAUAUCUAAGUUUGUACCCCUCUGGCCAUGCCUCCCUACUCACUUGUCUUUAGGAAGCUCUUUACCUCAACACACAUCUUUGAAGUCACUUUAUUCAGAUAGGUGAUUUCUUUUUGCUGUGUUAUUCUAAUGAACCUUUGGGACCAGAUUUCUAAAGUGAUGCCAACCAAUAUAAAGAACUAUGAACGUUGUUAGAAGAGACAGGGAAAUAGCAGGGAUUUGUUGAGGGGGAAGUUCUGGAGGUCCUUCUGUACCUGCCAAGGAGGCUAAAGGAACAGAGGCCGGGAGGUUUCCAGAUGGUCUCUCAGACUAAAUGCACUUGGUACUUGUGUUUUAUUUGGCUCCUGUGAAUGGCCUGGUGUUGUGCUGUGUUUAAAGACCAGUUGUUGAUGCUCCGUGGCCACAGUGGAGCAGAUCUUUGGUCUCCACUAUCGAGUUUAGACCUUGGUGGCUCUGUUGGUUACCUGAAUCCCCCUUCCAUCCGUGACAAUAUGCCUCAUGCCCUCCGCCUAUUCCUGUUCUUACCAAGUUCAGCUUGCCACCAACUUGCUCCACAGGACAGAAGGCACAGGAAAGCUUGUGGCCAGUGAGAAAGGACAGCCUAAGGUAGAAGUUAGCUGCCAGGUUCGUUUUUUUUUUUUUUUUUAGAUGAGCAGGGGAUUGAGAGUCAUAAAUCUAGCCCUGUACCCAACCAUUCCAAAGGUUAGCACUGUUGGGUGUGCAUGGCGCUAAAAAAGGUCUUUUUAAAGCAGAGUCUCUUGGGGACAUCAGAGCUACUCUUGCAACUUGUCCCUGAAGCCCAUUUCCUUUUUUUUGUUUUUUUUGUUUUUUGUUUUGUUUUGUUUUGUUUUUUGAGACAUGAAUCAGGCUUCAUGCAUGUUGGGCGGCUCUCUACUAAGCUAGUAUCCCAGCUCCUCCUCUUAAUAGUUUUUACAAAGUAUUUCUCUUUGAACAGAGAAUUGAGUUUUUAAUAAGACUUUAUUUUCAAGAUAAGACACUUGCCUGUCUGGUAAACCACAUAAAAUUACCAGGUAGACGUGGAGCUUCCAUUUUUAAGCUGGUUAUAUAAUGGGUUUUUUGUUGAAACGUGCCUUAAAAGCCUAUCACUUCAAGAGCGUGCGAUUCUUUGGGGGAUAGGCAGAAACAAUCCUAUGACCUAGGGCCCACGUUCCUGAUCAUAAAUGCACUCUUUCCUCUCUCAUGCUACCACUGACUACUGCCUCAAGCCUCGUGUGACAGUGACCUCUAAAAACGUAGGAGUUACAUCUGAAUGGUGAGGUUUUCAAGUCUGACUAGAAUUGCAACAUACCUUCACAUUCAUUUUGUAUUUUAUCUUAGAUUCGGGAGUUAGCUUAAUGCAUUGUGUAGGUGUGUGUUUAUGCUCAAGUGUGACUGUAAACAGAAAGGUCUAACUCCUGGCUACAGUGGCUGCUCUAGAACAUUUUUGUUGGUUUUAGGGGUUGAAAAUGUGAAGCUUUGUAGAGCAGAGCAGCCUUUUUUGCUUUUUGAGUCCAGUACUUCUGUGUAGCGGCUGGACUGACGCACCGUCUUAGCAAACUGUAGUCAUAGAGAUUUACGUGAGUGACCAGGAUGGAGUGCAAAUCAAAGCUGAUUAAUAUUUACCAAGUGUUAUUUUGUGAACAUAAUAUAUUUUGGAUCCUUAAAUACGAAAUGACUAGAAGCCACAGCAAUACUAUUACGUAUGGACUGUAUGCCAACUCGGUUUGACACGGAGUUCAUAAAAACAAUGGAGCUGUUGUGAUGAUUAAAGUACAGUAUGCACUCAACAAACA